CGAAGAAGAAGAUGCGUAAACAACAAAACUUGCCGGAAAGAAAAAAUAAAUUAAUCCGAUUUUUUGAGCAAGAUGCCAACCUUAAUAGCUUUGGAUGCAUCGCUAUCAAUGCUUCGUCCUGUUCCAGGACGAAACGAGCACACCUACCAAUCGCUGGCCAUUAAAGGCAUUCAGCACCUGCUGGACAACCUCACAGCUGCCGGAAAACUGGAGCACCUUGGUCUGCUUGCGUACACAACUACGGCGGAACUGAAGGUGGACUUCACCCGGGACUACGACCAAAUCCGGCAGGCUGUCAAGAAAGUAGAGCCGAUGGACAAGGCUUGUCUAAUGAGCAUGUUGAAAGCGGUGGUGUCCAUAAUGUCGCCGUGGGGCAACCAAAAUAUACUGCAGGUGGUAGUCUUUACAGAUUGUGGCCUCGGUUUUGGGAACACUUCAAUCACGGGUUUCCUGGAGGCCUAUACCGGCAAGGAAUCAGAACCGGAGUUUAGUUUUCUGAAAACCCUUGCCAACAUCAACCUAAACUUUAUUUGUUUGGGACUGCAUGGAGAUCACUACUUCACCAGGGGAUUGACGGUUUACCAGCAGCUACUAGACAAGGUCUCCCUAAAGGGCCAACUCUUCAUGACCAAACCGGCUAAGACUGCCGAAACAGUCGAAGGAAAUCCCAAUCCCAACCCUAAUCCCAGCCACAAAAGCGAGUUGGGACGCACUACGGUUUUCGAGCUAAUCGAGCGGUUGUGUGAGACCAGCUACAAAUCCUCGGAGGUGAUCCUAAAAUGUGGCAGCUACUUCCGCAUGGAGGCGCCCGUUUUACUUUGGCCACCCACGUCACCGUAUGAGCAAAAAUCACUGGUUUUCGGCAGGGAACCCACCGUCCGACAUUUGGACCAGAAAAUUGAGGUGUGUGGCUUUCUUGCCCUAUCCGACAUCGGUUCGCCGGCCACUCUAAGUCGUCACUGGGUGCUGCCAAAAGUGGAGCGGGAAAAGAGUGGAGGAAGCCGGAGAUCCGGAAGUUUACCGGCAGCGGCCAAGCCACCAAAACUCAAUCUGGACGCCAGCAAUCCUAACUAUGAGCUGGAGAAAUUGGAAUCCGACAUAAAAGACUUUUACGCCAAGGAUCCAAAGGACACUGAAGAGAGUGGUGAUGAUGAUGUUACCAUUGUUCUAAAACCCGGUCCCCAGACGGAGCAGCAAAAGGAAAACCUUUGUGUGCUCCUUCACAGUGCCCUCAAAAUGGAGAACAUGGCAGCUUUGGUAAAAGUAGGCGAGAAGUGGUACGGAUUCAUAUAUGCAUUCACAGAUGGCAAAAAGAAAUCAAACCUAAUGUUGAACAUACUUCCGCCUGGCACAAAUGUUAUACCCUGGGUGGGAGAUCUGGAGUUGCUGGGUUUCCCCGAGGACUUGGCGCCAGGAGAGACGGCGAGUUUUCCGGUCCGUGCCGAUCGGAGAUCCUACUCCCAGAGCAGUGUUGUGUGGAUUCGACAGGCCAGCCUUCAGUCAGACGUACAGAAGGUAUUGCGGCAUGCCAAGAAGAUGCCCGACAAGACGCAGCAUUUCUACAAGGAGCUAAAUCGGAUUCGGAGAGCUGCUUUGGCCCUGGGGUUCGUAGAGUUGCUGGAGGCAUUGGCAAUGUUGCUAGAAAAGGAAUGCGCACAUCUCAGCCUCAAUGGAGCCAGCAGCGAGUGCACCCUGCAGUUGCAGCAUGCGGCAACGGAAUUGCGCAAGACCUCGAACAGAGAUAUUAAGUCCACGAUUAUUCCGCUGCAGAAAGUGGGAGCUUCCGAUGCUGGUAGCACAGCUGCCACGGCUCCUGCCCCUGCAUAUCUGUAUUAAAAUAAAUUUUGUGUCUUUAUGUAAA